ACUGGCGUGUGGACGCUGGUACGCGCAGGUAGGGGUUAGAAGCAUGGCGGAAGAAGAGGAGUUUGAUGUAGGGAGUCUGAGGAAAGAGCUGGAAUGGAUAGAAAAUGAGCUGCGAAUGUCCCUGGGCCAAGUCAGCGCGUCUAACGAGUACUGCCUGAAGUUCUGUCGAGUAACUGAAUGGCAUGCUGGAAGAUGGCAGGUACCUUUGCCACUAGUUCAUGUGCUUAAAAGUGCUAUUUGCUGUUUUACCAAAGCUAGACCCUUCCUUGCUCCAGAAUGUGAACACAUCCAAUACGUCUUGAGCCGUCUGGCAUUGAGCUGCUUUGAAGUAUUGCUGUAUUGCAUUGAGGAUGAUUCAUCUAAAGGGUUCUGGGACGAAUUUUUAAAAACCAUUCAGGAAUGUCACAUUGUUUUACAAAAUGACUUAAACGCAGAAUUUGAUAUACUAAUCAGGUUGAGUAGAAAUGGAGGCCCGUGGCAAAAUCCAGUACUGAUGUCCAUCCUUAACCAAGAGUUAGUAACUCAGGAAUUAGUAAAUGAAUACUUGGGAUCAGAAUCUCCAAUGUUCUUUGAAUAUCGAGUGAAAUACUUGAUGAAAUACAAGCAUAUUGGAGAAGCAAUCACGUUGACCAAAUACUGUGUAAACCAUCCUCAAACUGGCACAAACAAGUAUUUUCUCCAUUUAUUUUUAACAUGGCUAUGCCGCUCAUCACCAGAAGAAAUUCUGUUGCAGGAGAUUGCCCAAAUUGACUGCCAGGAAGCUCUUGAUGUUAUUUGCAGAUUGGAUUCAGAAGGGCAGGUGGAAUUAGCUUGGAUUUUGUGUGUGGCAUUCCUUACUCAGCAGCUGCGGAAUGGAGACAUGUAUUGUACGAGGGAAUUGAUACUGGUGUGGAGCAAACUGCAGCUGAAACUUGAUUCAUCCAAGCAACACUUUCUAGAGAAAUGUCGUCAUCUUUUAUUAACAUCCAGAAAUGUGAAUCAUAUCUUCCUCUUUAUUAGGGUCAUUCAGAAUGAGGUUGGAGCUGAAGGCUUGCAGUUCUGUGUGGAGCUUUGUGCACGUGCUCUGCGGAUUGAUUACCAAGAUGAACCAAAUACUAAAACUUUGGUGUGUAAAACACUCUCCUAUCUGCUGCCAAAUGAUUUGGAUUUCUGUAGAGCUUGCACCAUUACAGUCUUUUUCUCUGAGUGCACAUUGGAAUCUUUCCAUGCUGUUGAAAGUCUGUACAGUCAGCCAGAUCAGCUGUACACAGAAGAUACUAGUUUGGUUCCAAGUUUCCUUCGCUGUGAGCUGCUGCUUGUUUUAAAAACCACCUGGCCUUUUGAUCCAGAAUUUUGGGACUGGCGGAUUUUGAAGAAAAACUGUCUCGCUUUAAUGCGUGACAAAGUAGCCUUAACUCAUGGAUGUAAACUAGUUUCAAAGAAUGGAAAUACCAUGUCUCAUAAUGGAAAUUCAAAAAUCAAGACUAAGGAAAAACCUACUAAAAUGCCACAGUUAAUCCCAGGUGCAUCCAGAGCAGAUGGCCACCUUGCUUCAAUGCAUCGCUGUGUGUUAUGUAAAAAGGAAUUUCUUGGUGGGCACAUUGUACGCCAUGCACAGGUUCAUCCGCAAAAAGGUGCCUUCUCUUGCCUAAUUUGUGCAAGAAAAUUCAGAUUGAGGGGACAAAUGCUUAAACAUUUAAAGACUCAUGUGCGAAAGCUUCAAAAGCAAAAACUUGCUGCUCGGACAAAUACUCACGAAUCUUCCAGUGUUAAUGAUGGUUUGAAGGAAACCUGUAUGCUCAUAAAUGGAGUUCUUGGUAGUGAAAACAGGUCAGCUACUUCAGAAACUGCUAGUGUAGAUAAGCAGACUAAACUCAGAAAGUUAACAGAGGACGAGGAUAAUAAAAUUAGUAUUGCUGAUGCUCCAGAUGAGCCACAGUGUUCGACUGAUCUACAUGGACCACUGAAUGAAUGUUUGAAAAUUCAGGAAGAUCCUAAUAAAGAUGUUGCUCCUCAACCGGAUGAUGAUGUGGUUGAUCAAGUGACAAAGGAAAUAUUUGAUUCGGAUACAGCAGCUGUUCAAACUGAAAAGAACGUGAAGAACUGUGUUCUUACUAAACAAAAUUUGACCUCUCACAAAAAUAAUGGAGCUCUGUGCCGACAAGAACAGACAGAAGAUAGUUCUGCUUCAAAAGAAGAGUUGGAAAAUGAGAGUGAACGUGAAAGUUUCCUCUCUUGUCCAGGCCAUGGUUGUUCAAAGAUCUUCAGUAAGAUUCAAUUUCUGACUAAGCAUGCACGGAAAUGUCACUCCUCUGAUGAAAAUGUGCAAGAUUACCUAAUGAAGUGGUAUAAGGGCAAGUGCCGUUAUUGCCAAAGAAAAUUCACACAUUCCCAGCAUUUGAUUGACCACCUUAAAAGGCAUCAGUAUCCAAAAUUGUAUUUCUGUUUACAGUGUGGCUGUGGCCAGACAUUUAAAUCUGCUUCAGAACUUGCAACUCAUACCAAGGGUCACGAAGCUUUUCGGGCACAGUGCAGCUUUCAUGACUGUGAUAAAUUGUUUGAUGAACUUGAUAUGCUUUAUGAGCAUGAGGCACAACAUUACUUAAGUGGCAAACCUAUCCGACUCACUGAAUGUGAUCAAAGAAACUUUCAGACAAGCAAAGUCCAGAGCCACCAGGAAAAGGCAAGUGAAGACAAAUGUUUGAAAGGUGAACAGAAUCCUAUGGAAUUGCUCGUUCCAUUGUGGAAGUCACGAAAAGAGUUAUCGGAACCAAAGACUUACCUUCACAAUAUGGUUAGCAAGCAAAGUGGAAAUCAAAAUGGAGAUGGUAAAUUAACUGAUACUCUGCAUAUUUCAGUUGAAUCAGAUGAGAAGACCUUGCCUGUUGAAUCAGGCAGUGAAAGCUGUUGUAUUAAUAAUAAACAAAUAGUAAAUGGGCAUAGUAACUUGAAAGACAUUUCGAGUGAGUCAAACCCUACAAAUCCAUUUUACUCAGGUGAUAUGUCAAGUGAUGGUGUUGCUGAUUUAGAUCAGACUCGUCUUACAACAGAUGCUUCAAGCUCGGAGUCUACACCAGCAGUGUUGAAUAACAGUGUUUCAAAAGGUGCUGUAAUUGAAGUGUCACAGAAUGCCAGCGAUCUGUCACAACAGAGUAAUGUUCCUCCAGUUUUGCAUGCAUCCUCUAGCCAAGAGCAGAAGAGUAAUAGUGGUAGGGACGAACAUAAGGGCUAUGGCAGAUUACAAAAGUACUACAGACCACAGCCUCCAAGCUACCUAGAUGAACGAUAUAUCAGUAUGCCAAAACGAAGGAAGUUAGCCACAGAUUCAAAUCAGCCCCCCCAUUCACAUACAAAUGCAGUUAAUGUGAAAAAUGAACGACACAUAUGUCGAAAGUGCUUCAUGAUCUUCAACAGCGUUGAAGCGUUAGACGGGCACAGCACCGGGGACAAUUGUAGACCGCUCUUUGUUAUGGAAUCGGAUAGUGAUUAAGGUUACUACGAGUUCCUUGCAAAAGAAUGGACAUUCUGACAUAUCAAUUGAUAAGUCAAACUAGGAUAUCAAUUUUACUGUACAGAGUUCAUCUCAACUUAAUCCAAGUGCCAUGUAAGGUCUAUAAGUUCAGCACAGUGAAAAGGUUAAAGAAGACAAAAUAUCAAGCAUAUGUGUUUGAGAUGGACACCAAAUUUAAAAGCAGUAGCACUUAUUCACGAAGUGCUCCUACACUGAAGAGUCAUGAAAAGUGUGGAUAAAUCUGUGAUACAUUGUAGAAAUGGAUAUGAAGUGCAGACCUACAUAAAUGCAUGAACAUUUGUCCUGCCACAUCAAAUUGGAAAUUUAGUGCACUACAAAAAGGGCAGUAGUCUAACAGCACAAUAGGAGAGAACCAGAAAACAUGUGUGGGCUAAAUCUUGUUGGAGUAUGGCAUCUCACAGCCUGCACUGUUCGACUUUUUUCAGCCCCCUUCAGUUUGAAUAUAAUUUGUGUAGUAUCUUGCUGGAAAUAUGAACUCUUAACAGGGCACCAGUGAGGGACUUAGUCAAAAGCAGAACGAGAGUAUAUCUAACUCAGUAAAGUUUAUGUAUCAGUAAGUGAAGUGGCAAUGUAGAAAAUGUUUAUGUGAAUUGACUCUAAUCAGGUGAAGAAAGUGAUACGUGAGGAAAUAAAGAUUGCAUUAAGAGGGCAAAAUAAAUAAUUUAAAUUUAAAAUUUGUCUAAAUCUCUAAGAAGCUACUGCAUGCAGGAUUGAAGCUCAAUGGUUUAAAUUGAGAGCAGAAAUUUUGAGUGAAGUUGAAUUAAUCAUUGGGUUGUUAAUUAUGAGCACGAAUGAAAUAGAGGUUUUAAUCUGGCAAUUGUUGUGCAAAACCAGCAAGUUAAGGGGAGAUGUAGUUGAACGUGAGGCAAAUGGUAGAAUGACAAAAGUUGACCAGAAUGUUCUGGAGGUUCAUAACUUAAUGGUGUUUCUCUUUUGAAACAUGCUGGCCAAUUUGCAUAUUAAUAAUACCCUGCAUCCCAAGCAAACGAUUAUCUUUUCUGGAACAUGUCAGCCAUUGUAAAUGCUGUUAAGGAUAGGUGUGGUAAACCCAAGUUAGUUAAGCACAGUGAAGAGUAUAAAUCUAUUCAUUGUAACAGUUUGAGGAAUUCCUGAUGUAUAUGCCCAAUUGUCUUCCAAAACAAGCACAAUGUUGAAGAGUUUUUGCUCUUUAAUGUGUGCUGAAGAAAUGAGAGGUGAACAAGAAGUUCAAAGUUGACUAGCAUAAUAAAGAUUUUUUUUCUUUCUGGGUGCAUUUAUCUUCUGUUGUGAUACAAUGAGGAUAUUGACUGUACAUAUUACAAUUAUUAAGGCUGUUAUUGUUAAACACUGGACUCUGACUCCCAGUUUUUCUACUUUUAUAAGGCAUUCAGAAUAGCAUGCACUUUGGUAUAACAUGCAAAAUGCUUAGCUACUUAAAAGACUGCUGCAUUAAUGAUGUAGUGUUUUUUGUUCAGAAUGUUUGUUUACCUCAAGCAGUGUGUGAAAGUUUAGUCCUAAUGCACUAAAAUAGCUCUUGACAGAGCUUUUCAAAUCUGAACAUUUUGUUCAUCUUAACUCAAAAAAAAAAUCCUAUGUGAAAUUGGACUGAUUUAUAGAGGAAAAUGCAAGCAUUCUGCUCCUAAUUGGUGUUUGUUUCCAAUAUGAAAAUGAAAGAGUAACAAUCCGACAGUAGUCACCUGUGAAAUUUAAAAUUGCCUUGAUCUGAAUGGAAAGCAGUGAUGGAUGGCCUUCACUUUACAUCUCUGAAAAUGCUACAGAAGUCAAGAAAAAUGAGUUUACUGCCACAAAACUCAAAUGCUAAAUGUGUUCCUAUCCAUGCAUUACAAGAAAUGGGAGAGGGGGAAAAGCAAUAAUGAUACAUCUGAAGGUGAUAUGCAAAAACCAAGUUUCUUCAAUUUACACUGAGAACUUACUUGGCCAAACAGGCCCUCAGCUCAAAUGCCUUAUGUUGAAUGCAGGGAGAUUACUAACUGCAAAAGAGUGCUGAUUUUCUUUUAAAUUGUCCAUUAGAAAUUUAAUAAUUUUGCUUUAAAUUCUGAUCAAUGAUGUUUGCUCUGCAAAUAAUAAUGAAGUAUCCAUGAUAACAAUUCAUCGCCUACUGUUGCAUCUAUGGUAUUGCUGUGUGGUGGUUAGUCUUGGAACUUGUAUUUGUGAUUGGAAAAUGAGGCAACAAUGCAAGCAGCUGGCUAAAUAUUCCUUGAUCUGGUAAUUGUUGAAGAAAGUCAACCUUUUCAGAAAGUUAGGUGAGAUAAUUUUAAGGAGUUUGCUUUUUCAGUUUUAAAGUUGUAUAAAUAAACCAUAAAUCACAAGCAAGAAGAGCAAGAAAUAUAAAUGUUAGCAUUCUACUUGUUGAGGAAAGUUCUUUGCCUCAGCAAAGUUCAAAGUCAGGACCAAGGUCACUGUUUGUUGGUUAGUCUGUUAAUGAAUAGUAUUACAUGCACAUAGUUGCUGCUUUGUGUGAGUGUAGAGGAAUUAUCACUCCCGUAGGCUUAGUUCUGGACAAAAUAUGUGACCACAAGUAUUGAAGCAAUGUAAAAUUAGAAAGAUGAUCACCAUGACAAGUUAAACUGAGAGCACACCUCUUAAUUUAUUCUCUGGUACAUGAACAUACAAUUGUACGUAAUAAAUUUCAGUACAGCACAAUUUUAUUUUCUAAUAGCUUCUUGUUAUGAAGCUUACAUCAGUCAUUUAUAGUUUGUUUUCCAUUCAUCUUGAACAGGCCUAAUGGUCUGACAAACUACAUGCAAUCCAAUAAUUUUUGAAGACCAGGCUUUUUACAUUUGAACAUUUUAGAGUGGUAGAACCCAUCAGUACUAGGUUUUUGCGUCAUCAAUAUUGCUUGCAAUUUGAUAAAGUAUUUUUCUAACAACACUAAAUUGAUCACUUGCAUUAAAAAAAAUCAGGUAUGGAUAAAGGUCAAUUUGGCCUGUUGAGCUCUGCUUUUUAGCAGCAUUUUUGCCUUGUUUUUAAAGAGAUCUUUACGCAUGUAAGACAAAAGGAUCAAGGUUGGAAGAAUGAGGGAACUAAUUUCUGAUUACUGAUUUUUAGAUAGGAGUACCAAUUUAAUAGCUGGACUUUGCAAUGUAGGAAUGAAACCUUAAUAGGAAAUAUCAAGUCAGAUGAAUGAAUGAAAUUGGAAGCAUGGUUGAGCCCAGGUGAAAGCUUGUAAUAACUUGUAGUAAGGCAGCAGAUGCCAUUUCAAUCUGUCAUAAAUCUUGACAGAAUUAAAUAAUUGGAUUAGAUAUCCAUGCAUCUAAUUUUAUAUUUGGGCCUUUUCCUGUUAUCACAUUGCAUAAGUUUUCAGUGUUGUCCAGUUUUAACAUCUGUGCAUUAAAACAACCUAGAAAAUGUUCCUGUUGAAUUAAUUGCCAGUCCUGAAUAAAGUAGCUAUAUCUUAGGUAAGAUAGUAAAUGACCGGUGGAUAAAGGCACAAUGAAACAAAUUACAAAUUCCUAAGUAGUGCAUUACACUAUUUAAGGAUAUGAUGUAUCUGUUGACAGUUACUGUUGUGUCCUGUAACAAAAUAAUAUAAAACUACUGUUUUAAGUAGGAAAAUGUACAUUGGAAAAUAUUUUUAAUUUUUGCAAUCUGAUUUAUUAACUAAGGUUUCCUACAAACCUAGUCCUUAAGAGGAAGUAAAAACUAUGAACAACAUGUCUACUAAAAUUUACGAGUAAUAUGCAGAUACCUUGUACAUGCAAUGCUGCUUGGAAGAAUGCAAACAAUUAACGAUUGUAAAUUGCCCACCUGUGCAUUAAACAAGCAGCAGUUCAGUUCUUCAUUUAAAGCACUUUAAAGUGCAAUUGUCAUUCUCAGGUCAUUUUUCUGGGAUUUUCCAUCACAGCAUUAAUUUUCCUCUUAGUUUUGCGAUAAUUCAAAAAAGCUCCUUUUAAAGAACUAUUUAUUUCUUUUCCUUAUUGAAAAAGGCACUGAUAACUAAGGGAGGAAAGCCUUAUGUGGUAUCAAUUUUUUCUUGUAUUUUUAAACUGAGAUUGGAAGAAAAUUCCAUGGAAGAUUAAAUACACUUUGAAAUGUUAACUUUUGCACUUUUCACUAUUGAUUAUUUGUAAUGGAACUAUUUAAAAUUUGGUUUGGCAAGUUCUACAUUUUGUGCUUCUUGUUGAACAUUGUACAUUAUUCUACCUUUAUGCUUGUUAAUAUAAAGCUCAAGCUGAGCCAUAAAGGAACAGCAGUCAUUUUGAUGAAUAUGGUCUAGAGUUUAAUUUUGAUGCAGUUCUGAAAACAUGAUUCAAAAAAUUUAGGUUUUUGUACAUUGCCUGAAUUUACUGAUUAAAAAUCACUGUUGUCUC